AUGCAGACCGUGUGGGCGAUGCUGAUCUGCCUGGCUGGAGGGGAGCUCGCAAGUGCCACACUCUGCAAGACCCACGGCCACAUCCCAGGCAUCCCAGGGUCACCAGGACAGCCUGGCCGCAAUGGCAGAGAUGGCAACACCGGCCCAAAGGGCGACCGAGGUCCCCCUGGCCAGGAGCAUGAUGGAGACAUAGGGGAGAAGGGAGAACCAGGAGCGCCAGGGAACCCUGGGAAAUUUGGCCCCAAGGGCCCCCCGGGUUCAAGGGGAUUACCAGGUCCCGAGGGACCCCGUGGCCCUCAGGGGGACACAGGUGACUACAAGACCAACCUCAAGUCCGCCUUCUCCGCUGCCAGGACCAUCAGCUACUCCCCCCGGCGGGACCAGCCCGUCCGCUUUGACCGCAUUAUCACCAACGAGAAGGGACACUAUGAGAACCGGUACAGCCGCUUCACCUGCCAGGUCCCAGGCAUCUAUUACUUCACCUACCACGUCACCUCCAGGGGCAACCUGUGCCUCAGCGUGAAAAAGGGCCGGGGUGGCAGCAACAGCGAGAAGGUGGUCACCUUCUGCGACUACGUGCACAACAGCUACCAGGUCACCACGGGUGGCGUGGUCCUCAAGAUGGCAGCUGGCGAGUCCGUCUGGCUGGAGCCAACGGAGAAGAACUCUCUGAUAGGGAUCGAUGGAUCCGACAGCAUCUUCUCCGGCUUCCUCAUCUUCCCUAAUGCUUAG